UCAAUGUGUGAGAUUCUCUCCCCUGUCCGACAGAUUUACUCUCCUCACUUCUCUUCCUCUUUCUUCUCUCCCCCCUCGGCACUACACAGGGGCCAGCUUUAGAUCAGCUCACACAGCUAAUCUAUACUGUAAGAGCCAAAAGCUGCAGCUCUGACUUCAGGUCAGCUGUGGAGCCCAGUUUGAGUCCAGGGAAGUUUGGAAGUCACCAUGGUGGAGAGCAUGGACAUGGAGGAGCAGCACAAGCGUUACUGCAUCCGCGGUAAGCAUGUAGCCAUCAUCUGUGCCACGGUGGUGGUGUGCUCUUUGGUGGUGGGCCUCGGGGUAGGUCUUACCAGGUCGGACACCAACACUACUACUACUCCCUCCACACCAGCCCCCACACCAGCCCCCACACCAGAUCCACCUCCAGCUGGCAGAGGGCCCUGCUCGCCUUCGGCUGACUCCAAUGGAGACUGGAAGAACUUCCGUCUACCAAGCUACGUGAACCCGGUCCAUUAUGACCUGCACCUGGAGCCAGACCUGGAGGAGGACACCUACACGGGCACUGUGGACAUCCACCUGGAAGUCAGCAAGCCCACCCGCCACCUGUGGCUUCACAUCAGGGAGACGUUUGUCAGCGCCAUGCCCAGGCUGAGGGUGCAGAGUGGGCCGGCGGACCGGAGGGAGGUGGCUGUGAAGGGCUGCUUCGAGUACGUCACUCAGCAGUACGUGGUGGUGGAGGCCGCCGAGGAGCUGCCCACCACCGGCCCAGGAGAGGUGUACGUGCUCACUUUGGACUUCCAGGGCUUUCUCAACGGAUCUGUGGUGGGAUUCUACCGGGUCAUCUACAUCGAGGGUGGGGUCACCAAAAAGAUUGCUGCAACUGAUCAUGAACCAACAGAUGCCCGCAAGUCCUUUCCCUGCUUCGAUGAACCCAACAAGAAAGCCACCUACAAAAUCUCCAUCACUCAUGAUGAUAAGUAUGGAGCUCUGUCCAACAUGCCGCCUCAGGUAGGACUGAAGGCGCCCACUGAGCAACUGCCUGGCAAUAAACUGAAGACCUCCUUUGAGAAAUCUGUUCCAAUGAGUACUUAUUUGGUAUGUUUUGCUGUGCACCAGUUUGAUCAUUUGGAAAGAACUUCUGCCCAAGGAAUUCCUUUGAGAAUCUACGCCCAGCCAAGUCAGUUAAAAACUGCAGAGUAUGCAGCUGACACAACCAAGGUCAUCUUUGACUACUUUGAAGAAUAUUUCAACAUGAAUUACUCCAUCUCAAAGCUUGAUAAGAUAGCCAUCCCUGACUUUGGCACUGGUGCCAUGGAGAACUGGGGCCUGAUCACCUACCGGGAGACCAACCUCCUGUACGAUGCUAACCAGUCCUCGUCCUACAACAAGCAGCGAGUGGCCAGUGUCAUCGCCCAUGAGCUGGUCCACCAGUGGUUUGGGAACAUUGUGACCAUGGAUUGGUGGGAUGACCUCUGGCUGAAUGAGGGCUUUGCCAGUUUCUUUGAGUACGUUGGUGUGGAGAAAGCUGAACCAAGCUGGGGCAUGCGAGACAUCAUGAUCAUCAGUGAUGUGCUUCCUGUCAUGGUGGACGACGCCCUCCUGUCCUCUCACCCCAUCAUCGUGGACGUGUCGACCCCAGCAGAGAUCACUUCUGUGUUUGACGGCAUCUCAUACAGCAAGGGAGCGUCCAUUCUCAGGAUGUUGGAGGACUGGAUGGGUAAAGAGUUGUUCAGAGACGGAUGUCGAAAAUAUUUGAAAGACUACCACUUCCAGAACGCCAAAACAGCAAACUUCUGGGCAUCUCUGGCCAACGUGAGUGGGUUGCCGGUUGCAGACGUGAUGGAUACAUGGACCAAACAAAUGGGUUAUCCUGUGCUGGCUCUCACUGUCACAGAGGCAAACGCCAAACUGAGCCAGAAGAGAUUCCUCCUGAAUCCUGAAGCUGAUCCCAGCCAACCCCCUUCACCUCUGGAGUACAAGUGGACAAUUCCAGUCAAAUGGCACUCUGUGAAAAGCGACAAAAAUAUGUCGGUAAUAUUUGACAAGAGCAACACAGAGCUUCCCAUCAUGAACUACUCUCCCUCAGAGGACGGGCUGCUGAAGGUGAACAAUGAUCACAUUGGAUUCUACAGAGUUAACCACGACAACCUCAUGUGGAACGCUAUCAGUGAACAGCUUCUAAACAACCACCUGGAGUUAGAUGCAGCUGAUCGCACGAGCUACAUCGAUGAUGUUUUUGCUCUUGCAAGGGCGAAUGUUAUAGAUUAUGGUAAUGCCUUGAACCUGACAAAUUACCUGAAAAAUGAGACGGACUACAUCGUGUGGGAGCGUGUGUCCUCCUCCAUCGCAUAUGUCCGGGGCAUGCUGUCAGACAAACCGUUCUACCCAAAGUUCCAGCAACUGUUCCGAGACCACGUUAAAGCCAUCACAACACAACUGGGAUGGGAGGAUGUGGGAACACAGACUGAGAGGUUGCUGAGGGAGACUGUGCUCGGCAUCUCCUGUCAGAUGGGGGAUGAGGCGUCACUGAAUGAAGCCUCUCGCAUUUUUGACCAGUGGAUUAGUGGCAGUCUCAGCAGUGUAGCGGUGAACCUGAGGCUGUUGGUCUAUAGAUAUGGCAUGAAGAAAUCUGGUGACGCAGCGAAGUGGAACACAAUGUUCAAUAAGUACAAAGAGACUACUCUGGCUCAGGAGAAGGACAAGCUGCUGUAUGGACUGGCCUCUGUGGAGAACGUGGAACUCCUCUACAAGCUGCUGGAGGCCUCUAAAGAUGAGAACGUGGUCAGGAGUCAGGAUCUCUUCACUGUGGUGAGAUACGUGUCCCUCAACCCACUGGGGCAGGACAUGGCCUGGGAAUGGACCACGCUCAACUGGGACUACCUGGUCAACAGGUACACCAUCAAUGACAGGAACCUUGGUCGCCUUCUGGGUCAAAUCACCACCAGCUACAACACUGAGCUGCAGCUGUGGAAGAUGGAGCAUUUCUUCCUCAAAACACCGGAUGCUGGUGCCGGGGCGAUGCCCAGGCAGCAGGCGCUGGAGACAGUGAGGAACAACAUCGAGUGGAUCAGGACCAAUGAGGAAGAGAUCAGCGUGUGGCUGCAGAAUAACGCCCUCUAAAGCUGCACCAGUGUGAAACCCUGCAGGGAUAACUGUACAUACAUAUGGCCUUUACCAUUCACUGCACACAGGGCCAGGCUUGGUUAGGUUAGUGUUCUUUUGAAGGGCCACAAACAGGGCUGCUGAUCUGAAUUAACAUUGAAAAACUGAAAUCCAAACAGAUAUUCACUUUCUAACACAUUGGUGUCUUACACUUAUCUGAUUUCCAACAUUCCAAGUGUCCGUUCCCAAGUACCAUUUGGCUAAUUGCCGGACUUUAUAUUAUAUUUAAACUAUCUAAAACUUCCCCUUCACUGCUAUCAUCAAUAUUAAAGCAUUCUCAGGUCAGUUAGGUUGGGUUCUAAACAAGUAGAGAUCAUGUCUGUCCAAUGUUUACUGACUGAGUUUUAGAUACUAACGCUGUGAUGUAGUGAUUACUUUUUGUUCUAGUCCGACCCAGCAAGGUCUCCCUCAAGUUAAAGCCAAGAGGAUUUUCCCAUUGAAUUUCUGAAUAUUGCGUAAAAUCUUUGUGGCAAACAAACUUUUAUGAUGCAUGUUUUGUUCAGCAGGAUAAUCUCCACAUAUUAAAAACACUUUUAUAAAAGUUGAAGUGCAAAUGCAAACGCUAGAGAUAAAAAUUCUACAGAAUGCUAAAAACGAAAAACAUGACGGUCACAUGACUUCACAUCACCACUGCUAAGCUAAUGGCAGCUGAUGAUUGGCGUGAUGACGUUUAGAAGUCUCAUUUAGAACUUAAUAGCUACCGGCAUUUAUUUUGCACACAGAUGCUUGAAUAAUUCUCUAGUGGGGUAUCAUAGAACAAAACGUGAAGGUCACGUAAGUUUGUGUUCACCACAGAUCUUAUUCCAGGCAUCUAACUAAAAACACAUUCAUAAAAAGUUGAUUGUUAGGAGAGUGAGCCCUGAAGUGCUGACUCAUUCCUGUAACACUUUAUUACAGUUCAACAUCACCAGUGUUCUCCCAUCAUGUGGCCGCCCAGUUUUCCUUUAUUGCAGCCUUUUCCCUCUGUAGUUCUUUAUCCUUUUUGAUUUGUUCCUGAUCUUGUGGUCAUCACAUAGAGGAUGAUAAUACAGCCUUUUCUCUGCAGAGUGCAGCCAUGAUCUUCAGACCCACAUAUAAAAUAUGAUGAUGAAUUCUGCCUUAGUACACACCACACUACAUUUGUGUGUGUUUUUGUAUUUGUGAGCAGAAAUGGAGAUGAAGAGUUGAAUGAAUAAAUGUUUACUACAA